AUCAACUUCAACUUCAGCUACGCAAUUAAGGUAGCUAAAGUUGCGUAGCUUAAUUUGACUUUGUCUUGUGGUGUAGGCGUACCCCAAUUGUGUGAGAUACUGUACAAAUAUGUAACAGGGGAGUUUCAGCCCUGAUGAGUUUGCAAGAAUAGAACAGACCCAGCGAGAGAGAUAGAAAGCGUCACUAUGUCCGUUUUGCAGAUAGGGAUUUACGACACAGAUAAGUCAUUUGCCCAAGGUACGAAAAGGCUGGAAUUAGCUCUCUGGAACUCCUAGUGCCCGGUUCUGUGCUCAUCUCAGUCCAGUUUCAAAAGCAAGAGGCAACUUCUUUUGUUUCUCAUUGCAUUUGUGUGGGGGAGGGGAGCAGAGAAGAGGCUGCUCCUGGUAUGAUCAUAAUGUGCAACUCUUCCUGAAGAGGAUCCCACAUGCUCGAGCAUCUCGCUCGGAAUUUCCAGUUACCAUAGUAACAGAAUGCAUGUGGUUAAAUAUCACACCAUUGAAUUGUUCUGUUGUUCGCUGUCAAGGAAACUGGCACUUUUCUCUGAUUUGGGGGGCAUGAGGUGAAAUGGAAGCAAAUGGGGAGAGGAAAAUGAAAGUUCUGAUUCCACUUUCUGAUUGUUUGGUUUUUACCUCAGUGUAACUCCAUAAAUUCAGUGGAAUUACACCUGGUGUGCACCUGUGCAGAAGAGGAGAACCAGAUUCCGAUUCUCGAGCUCUUAGGUUGGGAUGCAAAUUUCUUUAUUGGGAGAGAUUAUUUCAUUUCACUGCUUCCUGAGCUAAAUAACAGCAGAGAACAGAGAGCCAAGAUUGGUGGCCAUAAACAGACUUUAUGGGACUUCAGGAAACUUGGCCAUACCCAUGAAAAGUGGACAUCCGGCUAACUCAAAUCAUGCCAGACCCUGGAUGUUUCCAGACCAGAGAGUUCUGAACAAGAGAGGUUCAACCUGCACCUAAUUUGGAGCCUUGUUCACUCUUAGCCCAUGUUAUCCACACUCUUAGCACUGGUAUCCCAUCCUCCCUCUUCACCUUUUUCCUACUGUUUGUUUUCAGCCUUUUCACAUGGCUUCAAAUUAGAUUGUAAUUUCUUUAAGGCUGGGACUAUGUCUCCAUAUGUGAUUGUCCAACACGGAGCAUAGCAGGGCUCUGCUGUGAUCUGAGCUGUGGCCCUUAGAAGUUGUUCCAGUAGGUAUAAGGGCUCAGAUUCUCCAGAUGAUGUACAUCUGCCUGCAGUAGUUCCACUGAAGAUACCCAAGAUGAGGGCCCAAAAAUAUUGAGCACCAUGAAUUCACUGUGAAGUAACGCCAGGCUGAAUUUUGGCCAUGCAACUUCUAAAGGUGCGAGAUGGAAACCGGGGCAAAAUUCUUCACUAGUGGAACUUGGCCCAAUGGUGGGACAUUAGGAGAUGCUUUGGCUGUAUAAUCUACAUUUAGCCUCCAGUUCAUCAAGGGGAAGAUGGUCCGCUGUGGAUAUCUUUACGGCCACACUUCUCAAUCGUUGAGCACUUAUCCUUGCAAUGAGUUUCCACUUCCCACUGAGAUUACAUGGAAGGUGUUGAAAGGGAAGAGAAACACCUUCCAAGGUUUGAAAGAAUGAAUCCACUCCUGUCAUGGGCAAAGGAAGAAUCGUUGCAGGGAAGACAACGCUGGGAAUUUUCCCAGAGCGACAACAUGAUCCAGGAAGGAGGAAAAGCCAUCACGCCCAUGAUUCGAAAUGGACCUGAAUCAGAGCACAGGAGGCAAACCACUCUCAGGCCUAGCUAGAACCAAGAUCAGGAUCCAGCAGUGAAUUUCCAAACUGUUCCAUCUCUGUCAGGGGCUGAACCAACUAUGAGACUUUGGGAAAUUUCCAGUGUGGUUGCCAACCCUACAUUUCAGGUCUAGGGGUCUGUCCCCUGGGCCUGCUGAAAAAAAUCCUUUUUUCCCUCCACACAGGUAUAGCCUCCCAUUGUGAUGUCACUCCCUGUGAUUAGAUUGUGUGAUGUCACAUGCAGAUGAUGAGGAAUAUUGUAGUCACGUCAAGGCAGAAGGAAUUGUUGCCUUUGGCUAGAAUAUCGUGCGGGGAGGUUUCCCCUAGGUAUCUGCCACGGCCUCACCUCCUUGAAUAUGAACAAGGAGCAUCGAGUUAGAAUGGGAUCAGAAUGCUUCUCCUUACCCUUUGGCUUCUAACGGCCUUUAUGAGAAACACACAUGCAGAAUGUGGCCUCAGGCCCGCUUACCAACCGUCCCCGAAAGAGUCUGAGACCGCGAAGGGCGCGAACGCCGUGUCGGGAGAGUUCCCCUGGCAAGUGAGCAUCCAGACCAAGGAGAAGCAUUUUUGCGGAGGGUCAAUUAUAAGCAACUGGUGGAUUUUGUCUGCGGCACAUUGUUUCACGAAAGAACUCCCGCCAGACCUGUAUGUGGCGCUGGGGGCAGCCGACUUGGAAAGCCACCAGGUGGAGAAGAAAAAGCUGGACCGGCUGAUUCUGCAUGAGCGCUUCGAUAGCGCCAACAUGGACAACGACGUCGCCUUGAUCCUGCUCGACUCGCCCAUAGAGUUCAGUGAACAGAAAAUGCCCAUCUGCUUGCCCCUCGUACGGGACCUUCACACCUGGGAGGGCUGCUGGGUCGCUGGCUGGGGAGCCUCAGUUGCAGGGGACAAGAUGAAAUUAACCAACCUGCUAAAGAAAAUGGAGAUGAAGCUGAUCGGCAAGAAGCAGUGCUCUGCGUGGGUCCCCCAGCUCACAGAGAACAUGCUGUGCGCCGGCUACGCGGACGGAGGGAAGGAGGCCUGCCAGGGAGACCGCGGGGGACCUUUGGUUUGCACUUAUGGGAACAUCAAGAGGUGGUUUGCAGUUGGCAUAGUCAGCUGGGGAGAAGGCUGCAGGAAAAAAGAGCAUCCUGGAAUAUAUACUUUCAUUUUCAACUACUUGGCGUGGAUACAAGCAGAGACAGCCCGGGAAGGGAAACCUUUCAUUCCCGAAGGGCUGGAUAACAUCACGAUUUCCAGACGGCUGCAUUCAGGUGCUAGCAAGAGACCUCUGCCUCCUGGAUCUUUGCUCCUCUUUUUUUCUCUGUUUCUAUUUUUCUAGUGAUGAUUUCCAAAUCAUAAUAAAAAUUCAGUUUCAUUAUCCAACUCUCCUCUCCUUUACAGUAAGCUACAUAAUAAUUCCUAUUUCUUAUAGAGUUGUUUCAUCAGUCAGUCUCAAAGCACUCCAUGGUCUUUAAUGGAUUUAUCCUCCCAACACCCCUCGAUGGGAAACUGAGGAGUCAGGAAACUGAGUCUGGGAAGGAGCUAGAAUUACCAGUUAGCAAAAUGCUAUCGUAUGAGACCAUCCA